AUGCCUGGCAGUCGAGGUUACAACUUAAACACGGCAUCACAGCCAGCGAGGCUGGAGCUGCCACAAACGUUGUUGAAGUGUUCAGCAGUGCCAACCAUCUUCUGUCAUCGCAGAUCACCACAGAUGAGAAAAUCUCCAAAGAAACGGCAUUCCACAUGCACUUCCGAGGCUCGUACAAGUGUACCCCUGGAUCCUGGCUGCUCGGAGCACAACUACUGUCUCUCUGUUUUUCCGGAAAAGGGGUCAAGUGCUUCUGAAGAUAGUACCACUGAUGCAGAUAGCACACAAGAGGAGAUGGUCCAAUGUGCAGAGAGCAGGCCACAGGUGGAAAUGCAGAGAAGAAUCAAGGAGCUCGAAAGCGAACUUCGCAAGACAAAACGAAAAUGCAGAGGAGUCAUGAAGGCCAAAGCAAGACAGGAGGCAAGGGUUUGUAGGAUCUUUGCAAAUGAUCAGAUACAGUCUCUGUCAAGAGGAGGCAUGAGAGGUGUAAAAUGGAGAGCAAGUACGGUAAAGAAAGCCUUGCAACUACGCUUUUCCUGUGGAUCCUCGGGGUACAAGCUUCUUCUCCAGCAGCACUAUCCUUUUCCAUCAGAAAGAACCCUGGUGAUAUGGUGGCGAGGUGAUAUGGCGAAUGCCCAGCUGCACAAAGAAUUUCUCGAACUCGCGUGA